AUGUCUAGACGUGAUAUUAAUGAGAACAAUGACUCGACGAUAAAACAAAUUGUUGUCGAAACAAUGAUGAACAGGAAAAAGAGAAUAGGAGCCAAGAAGAGCGGCUCGGACUACACAAUAGCCAUUUGGGAGGUCUCGGUUUAUGGCUUGCUAUAG